AUGCACAGCNUCAAGGAAUGGCAAAAAGCAAUCGAGGACUGCGAACGUGCAUUGAAACUUGACCCCAGCUAUACAAAGGCUCGCAAGACAAAGGCCAAGGCAUUGGGCGAGUCUGGCAACUGGGAGGAGGCCGUCAAGGAAUUGAAGGCUAUUGCCGAAAGCAACCCUGAAGAACCUGGGAUCGCAAAGGAGGUCCGCAACGCCGAGCUCGAGCUCAAGAAGAGCAAGCGCAAGGACUACUACAAGAUUCUAGGGGUCGAGAAGGAUGCCGACGACAACCAAAUUAAGAAGGCAUACAGGAAGUUGGCUAUCAUCCACCAUCCUGAUAAGAACCAAGGAGACGAAGCCGCAGCAGAUCGCUUCAAGGAUAUUGGUGAAGCCUACGAAACUCUGUCAGACUCUGAGAAGCGCGCUCGUUACGACAGUGGUGAAGAUCUCAUCGACCCCUCGGAACAGUUUGGUGGUGGUGGUGGCUUCGGCGGCGGUAUGGGCGCUCAAAUCGACCCCGAGGUUCUCUUCCAGAUGUUUGGUGGACAGAUGGGCGGCGGUGGCUUCGGUGGCGGCAUGGGUGGUGGUGGCCGCAGAGGAGGUGGUGGCUUCCCUGGAGGAUUCCACUUCGGUUGA